AAACUUCACGAAGAAGAAGAAGAAAAACAACAAUAAGGAAGUGGAAAGAGAAGUCCUGGGGUGCAAAAUGCAGCAGUCACGCUAAAUAUAUUAGAAGUGAUUUGUUAUUUUCGACGUGUGCAAAUCAGGAUUAUUAUGCAAUAGUUUUCACUCUUCAAAAGCGACAGUGAGUCCAUAUGCUUAUACACCGUUGAUCUAGCAAUGGAGGGCUCCAAGUCGUCGAGCACAACCAUGCAGGUCAGCUUCGUGUGUCAGCGGUGCUGUCAGCCGCUCAAACUGGACACAUCCUUCAAUGUGCUCGAUCGGGUCACAAUCCAGGAACUUAUUGCUCCGUUGGUCACAGUGACUCCCAGCAAACAGGCCGACAGCACUGAGGCGGAGACAGCGCCAGAGGAGACCUUUGUAGAAAACAAGCAAGAUGGAGUGUCCAGAAAAUACAUCCCUCCUGCACGGAUGAUGUCCACAGAGAGCGCCAAUAGCUUCACACUGAUUGGAGAAGCAUCUGACGGUGGCACCAUGGAAAAUCUUAGUCGUAGGCUGAAGGUGACCAGCGACCUGUUUGACAUCAUGUCAGGCCAGACAGAUGUCGACCACCCGCUGUGCGAGGAAUGUACCGACACCCUGCUGGACCACCUGGACACACAGCUCAACAUCACAGAGAAUGAAUGCCAGAAUUACAAGCAGUGUCUGGAGCUGCUGUCACAACUGCAGGUGGAGGAAGAGGACACCCUGCUGGCAGAGCUGCAGCACCUGAAGGAGGAGGAGGAGGCUCUGGUCCAGGAGCUGGAGGCAGUGGAGGAACAGAGGGCUGCUGUGGCCCAGGACCUGGCCCAGAGCAGGAUCCACUCUCAGCAGCUGGACACAGAGGAGCUACAGUACCAAAAGGAGUACAGCGAGUUUAAACGGCAACAGCUGGAGCUGGAUGAUGAGCUGAAGAGUGUUGACAACCAGAUGCGUUACUGCCAGAUUCAGCUAGAUCGCCUGAAAAAGACCAACGUCUUCAAUGCCACAUUUCACAUCUGGCACAGCGGGCAGUUUGGUACCAUCAACAACUUCCGUCUGGGUCGACUCCCCAGCGUUCCAGUGGAGUGGAAUGAGAUCAACGCAGCCUGGGGGCAGACGGUGCUGCUGCUGCACGCUCUGGCCAACAAAAUGGGGCUGCGCUUCCAGAGAUAUCGUCUUGUCCCAUAUGGAAACCACUCAUACUUAGAGUCACUGACAGACAAGUCCAAGGAACUCCCUCUGUACUGCUCGGGUGGCCUGAGGUUCUUCUGGGACAAUAAAUUCGACCAUGCCAUGGUGGCCUUCCUGGACUGUGUCCAGCAGUUCAAAGAGGAGGUGGAAAAAGGAGACACUGGCUUCUGCCUUCCAUACAGGAUGGAUGUGGAGAAGGGCAAGAUCGAGGACACAGGUGGUAGUGGUGGCUCCUACUCCAUCAAAACCCAGUUCAACUCUGAGGAGCAGUGGACCAAGGCGCUCAAGUUUAUGCUCACCAACCUGAAGUGGGGACUGGCCUGGGUCACCUCACAGUUCUACAACAGAUAAACCUGCUGGACAAUGCCUUGUGAUACAGAGUUUUGCAUAGUCCUAUGCCCCUCUGAUAAAUGGAUUUCAUGUGAAUUCAUGAGAACUUUCAUGUACUUGGCCAAAGGAAAAGAAAUGGUUGUCUGCACCAUUUUUGCAAGGAUUUUCAGUACAAAAAGCAUGGAGAAAUGUCUAGAUCUUCAGUCCAGAUUGUCUGUGUUUUUACAUGUUACAAAGGGGAUGAUGCGUAUCUAUUUUGCUGCAAAAUGGAGAUUAUAAAUUGUGGGCCCACUGUGGAAGCACUGAAGACAGGCACAGGUUGUCGUCGUGUCCCUCAAAGCAAGCAGGAUAAGAUAACUACAUGUGUCUUAUCGCCUGCUUGACUAAUUAAUAUCUGGCUUUUUCUGAAAAGCUUUAUCAGACUAGAAUGUAAUUUAAAAUAAAUCUUCAACCAAAUUCACUUCUAACCACUUCAAGGUAUCCUUGCUCUCUCGUUGCACUGCACACCUUUGAAAUCACUGUAACUCUCUCCACAGAGAGAAAGUUUUUGUCAAUGUCCCAAUUACAGAAGCUGUAAGAGUAUGUCAUAAUUAUGGUCAAAGAAGGACUUUUAAUAGAUUAACACGGUUUAGUAUUCAGAAGAGUAUGUCAGUAUUUCAUUAACCUUGAAUGCAGUUAUCACAUUUGCCAGUUACAUACAUACUUUACAGGUAAACUUGUAUUUAGACAUACACUGAUAGUCUUUGUGUUCAUACUCUGCACCAUCACAUGAUUUUGUCUGUUUUAGAAACGAUGGAUACUUUAAUGGUGGGAUUUGACUUAAUAAACAUUUCAUGCUGUGAAAAAAAA